GAACAAGUACCGUUCUCUCUCUCUCUCUCUCUCUCUCUCUCUGUCAUAACUUUCUUUUCCUUGACGAAUUUGGGUUUAUUGUGUUGAAUCUGACUUUUGUAGGACGCUGAGUAGGUUUUAGCCUAUUUCAAAAUGGGUAAGGCAGCAGUAGAUGUUCCGAUGAAGGGAGGGUUUAGCUUCGACCAUUGUAGACGUAACGAAAUGCUCUCUAACAAAGGCCUUAAACCUCCGUCUUUUCUCAAGACCGGUACUACUAUCGUCGGCUUAAUUUUCCAGGAUGGGGUUAUCCUUGGAGCAGAUACAAGAGCUACUGAAGGGCCCAUUGUUGCUGAUAAGAAUUGUGAGAAAAUCCACUAUAUGGCACCCAAUAUUUAUUGCUGUGGAGCAGGGACUGCUGCUGAUACAGAGGCAGUGACAGACAUGGUCAGUUCUCAGUUGCAGCUACACCGGUAUCAUACUAGCCGGGAGUCAAGGGUUGUGACAGCUCUUAGCCUUUUGAAGUCCCAUCUUUUUAGCUAUCAAGGCCAUGUUUCUGCUGCUUUGGUGCUUGGCGGAGUUGACGUCACUGGACCUCAUUUGCACACUAUAUACCCACAUGGAUCAACAGACACUUUGCCAUUUGCAACUAUGGGUUCUGGUUCCCUUGCUGCUAUGGCUGUUUUUGAAUCAAAAUACCGUGAAGGGCUAGCUAGGGAUGAAGGAAUAAAGUUGGUGACUGAGGCUAUUUGCUCCGGCAUAUUCAAUGACUUGGGAAGUGGAAGCAAUGUAGAUGUUUGCGUAAUUACCAAGGGGCAAACAGAAUACCUGAGAAACCUCCAGAUGCCUAAUCCUCGUACCUAUGUCAAUGAAAGAGGGUAUUCAUUCUCGAAGAAGACUGAGGUUCUGUCAACAAAGAUUACGCCGCUGAAAGAAUUGGUGGAAGUAAUCGAAGGAGGUGAUGCAAUGGAAGAAUGAGCUGUAUUGAAAUUCUCCAUACUUGUGUCUCUUUGAUGUCAUACUGUAUGAAUUUUUAAGUAAAGACCGUAGUUUCCUUUCUGCAAUUAACAUCACUGGUUAGUUCCUUCUAUGUUAUUUGUGAUCCUGAGGCGACCUGAAAUCUUGGUGUGCCAAUCGUUCCUUUGUAUUGAUAACUUGGGAUCUGUUCCAUUGACCGAUUCUACAUUCACUAGCGAGGGACCCAAUUAAAUUUUAGUCCCUAAUUUACAUUUGACUAUCAUUGUCGUA